AUGGGAAGAGUGGCGAAUCUUCCCGUGGCGGAGCGGCAGUUGCUUCUUGAUAAAAUCAAAAGGUCUAUUGAUCAAACAGAAGCCAUCUGCUCAAAUAAACUUGGUGAUAAUUCAACAUUGGAAAAUGAACCCAGUUCCUUAGAACAUUCAAUGAGUAAAGACCUUCAUCAGACAACUCCACCAGUUAACCCACCAUCUAGAAUAUCGACGCUCCCUUUUGAGAGAAAACUCUCUUCAACCACAGCAAUCAGGAGAAGAACCCCGCUCGCGAAUAGGUCUCAACUGGUCCUUGCUUGUCCAGUGUGCGAGCUCAAAGCAACCAGCUGGCAAAAGUUUUCCCACCACCUGCACAUGGGCCACAACCAAUCCUCCGUCACAUCAGUCUGUCGUCGUUGCCAUGGCAUGUUCCGCAACCACGCUCUUCUGCUGGCGCACGAAUGCUUCCGUUGGGGACGCAUGAACCUCCCCUGUGCGGCCAUCUACUCAUCAAUUGACGACUCCCCAAUCCUCAAUGACUUUGGCUUUCCUCGUGAAGGUGUCUAUUUGGAGCGGCGUUGUGGCCUUUGUCUAACGUCGGACGUAAUCUACUCCAACUUUGAGCAGUAUGAAAGACACAAGUAUGAGGAGCACGCUGAGACUGGCUCGAAAGCACCAAACUGUGACAUCCAAAGACCUCAGAACAAGAGCUUUCAAGCCCCGGUCAGUGCUCUGCUCGCUACAAAACCGCGUCGCAAUGCCAGGAAGCCUAAAAUCGACAAAUCGGUCCCCCUUGAAGGCAACGCUGUGGACAAUCAAGCAGCCAAGACCCCAUCGACCACAACUGGCAUUGAAGAGAGGGUCGUUGUCAGUAAGGCUGGCACGGUGGCACCGGCGGCUGUGACGGCGUCGGACACACCCCUUCGCUCGGCCGUCCAGGCGUCCUUCGCCAGGGCCUUCUCGUGUCGCGUCUGCAACCUCUUCUUCCGCACUCAGGAGCGUCUACAACGCCACGAGCGAACCUCCAUUGUUCACAGCAGACGCAUCCUCUUGAAAUUGGGAUGGAAAUUUCUCCCACACGCGCCAUAUUCACCAGACUUGGCCUCAUCCGAUUCCCGUUUGUUCCGGUCAAUGCAGCAGCAGCAGCAGCAACAGCAUGAAUUCGUCUUCAAUGACUACCUUGUUGCCUCGAAGCCUGCAAGUUUCUUUCAAAAUGGCAUUCAUGACCACAACAGUGUAAUCUACAAGACCACCGAGGCCUCAAUGUCUACGUGUUCCAUGAACUCGUUUGGAUUGGCCUUGCAUUACUCGCUGAUGCGUCUGGCGACGUUAAUCAACCGUCGCCGAAGGGCAUCGGGGUAG